UGAGCAUUUGUUUCCCUUGUAAAUAUAUGAACAUUCAUGUUUUUGGGUUAAUAAUUGCUCCAACUGUUAAAAGGGAAGUGAGAGGGAUGAGUACAAAUGUGUUUGAGGAUGCUGCAUCUUAAAACAAAACCAAUUGCUGCAUUACACAUAAAACUGUGCAGUGCUUUCUGCCUAAACGACAGUUGCUGGACUCUUGCUUCACUAUGCAGUAUCUCAAUAUCACCAGCUCCAGCUCCAACUCCACCUUGUCCUGGAAUAUUGACCAAGUGGCCCCCAGUGUGGUCAUGGGGCUGUGCUGUCUGGUGGGCGUCCCUGGCAACAUUGCGGUCGUCGUGGUGAUAGUACGCAGGUACAAGAGUCAGAAUUUUACUCUGAAGCUGAUGCUGAACUUGGCAGUCUCUGAUCUCUUGUCCCUCAUCACACUACCGGUGUGGAUCUACACUUGGCUGCAUGGCUGGGUGUUUCAACGCUUGGCCUGCAAGUUAAUAACUUAUUUUCUCUACUGUAAUUUAUACUCAAACCUGCUGACAGUCACCCUGAUGAGCGUGCAGCGCUACCUGGCUGUGCUGUACCCUCAGUACUGGGCGAGGGUGCGUGGGAUGGGUGAGAGGGUUCUGCUGGUCACCCUGUGGGGGCUGUCUGGUGUUCUUGCCUCCCCCAUGAUCGUGAUUCGGGAUGUGGUUGUACUCAAGGACAAAGGUCAGUACAGUUGCAUUAGGAAGUACAGGUCCGACGGGGAGGCAGUGGCCGUUCUGUUCAUGGAGACUCUGCUGGGGUUUGUUGUCCCUUUCUCCAUCCUGGUCACCUCUUACUUCUGCCUCCACAAGAAAGUGAACCAGACCGCCUUCUUCAGAAGCCAGAAGAUGGCCAGGCUGGUGACCAGCAUCGUGGUCACCUUCUUCAUCUUCUGGAGUCCCUUUCAUGUCAUCAACAUACUAAAAAUAUCAUCGAUUGUACUUAAAUCCAGAACUCUGCUAAAAUUCUCUGAGGCUGCUUGGUACAUUACUGGAGCUCUAACCUUCAUUAACAGCUGUGUGGACCCCUUCCUCUAUGCCUUCAGCUCACGAAAACUCCGACAAGAUGCCCAGUCACCAGGAAACACCGUGGAUGUCUCCAACACGAAUGUCUAAAACACCCGCCCAUCUUUCUAGCAUCUGCACAGCUGAGUAACUCUUUUCUUACCACUACAAUAAACUAAACUGUCUGUGGAACUGAAAUUUACAAUUGGCAAUUUAUGCAUGUACCAGAAGCGUUAAGUCAACAUAACUAACGAAAUGGGCAAUAAAAUGGUUAUAAAACCACCAAAACGUCUCCUAAAUAAAGGAAAACAAAGUCUCGUUUUUAAUUGCGGAAUUAAAAAAAGUGAUUCUGCCUUCCUUACUGAGAGGGAAGGUCAUUACACCAUUUGGAAAGAGAGUGGAGGAGAGCUGGGGAUGUGAGGAGAGAAAGCCAGCUUCCUGAAGAGACGGGACAGCCAGCUGGCCAGCGGAUGCCAAGCAGAGAGAUCUGGUUGGAGUGUAUGGUGCCAUCAGUGUCUGAAAGUAGGAGGAGGCAGUAUCUUUUGUAGCUUGGCAUGCCAGUGCCAAUAACGUGGAUACAGGAUGUCAGUGAAACAUGGUAAUAAAUUGUGUGGCAAUUCGGUUGAAGACCAGGCAUGCAGCAGCACUCUGGACCAGUCACAAUAGGCCUAAUUUCAUAGGCCAGUAAACCAGCCAGCAAGGCACUGCAAUAGUCCAGAAGUUACCAGGGUGUGGUCCAGCUCUGUGGCGUCUUGGGUAAGGAAAGUGUGAAUUCUAUUGAUGUUGUGCAGGAAGAGUCUGCAUCUCGGCCAAUGUUUCCUAAGAAGUUCAGUUGGUCAUGGAAACAUUAGGAUUCUUGGAACAGUCAUUAUACAGUAUAUCAUCACUGAUAUGAUAAGCAUGCCAUAUUUAUGGGUUUAAUUUAAACCUGUUUAAAAAAUAAUUUAAAGGCAAUUAUUAUAUCAUAAGGUGCCAGUGUAGUAUAAUGGGUAAGGAGCUGGUCUUGUAACCUAAAGGUUCAAUUCCCGAGUAGUACCCUUG